AAAUUUAGGGAUCUGACAUGUUCCAUGUUCAUGAAUCUGUAAUUUUCUGCAAUCUCUUGUUAGAUAUGGUUUUGUAACCCUAAAUUGAUUGUUGGGUAGAAUUAGGGUUAUGUUGGAUCUGUUGGUUUUGAUUUUGAUCCAAAUUUAUUGAGCUUUUGAAUUGAUUAUUGUGUUUGUUUUUUUGAUUUUUAGAGUUAAUUUGGAUCUUGUUAUAGCCAUCUUCAACAUCUGGGCGUGAGCUGCAUUUUGUAAAUUAGAAUCUUGAAUCAUCUAAAGAAUAAAUUUUCACGAAUGGGGACGGAACUCAUAAGGCGUCAUGUCAAAGAAGAGAGCAUCGACAUUCCCUCAAUUCCACCGGGUUUCGAGUCUUUUGCGAUAAAGAGUGAAAAUGACAGUCGGCUCGCAUCCGGUUCUUCGGUCUCCACAAGUGCUUCUGCACUGAAAACAACAGAGGGUGAAAAGUUAAAGAGGUCUCUUAGGCGUAGAUCAGGGAUAAACUACGGUCGAUUUGAUUGCAGUUCCGAAGAUGAUUACGAUUCUAUUCCAUUGAAUCAAAUUAGUCAAACUUCAAGAUCUCGGCUCCCUAAUGGGGUUAUCCGUGGCUGCGAAAAGUGUACCAAUUGCCAAAAGGUCACUGCAAAAUGGCAUCCGGAAGAAGCCCGGGUGCCGAAUCUUCCAGAAGCUCCCGUAUUUUACCCAACCGAAGAGGAGUUUGAGAAUACUUUAGAGUACAUCGAGAGCAUACGUGAAAAAGCUGCAGCAUAUGGCAUAUGUCGGAUCAUACCACCUUCUUCGUGGAAACCUCCAUGCCCUCUUAAAGAGAAAAACAUAUGGGAAAGUUGUACGUUUGCUACUCGUGUCCAGAGGGUUGACAAACUUCAGAAUCGGGAUUCGUUGAGAAAAAUGUGUAGGUCAAAUCUCCACAAAAAGAAAAGGAGAAGAUGCACGAAAGCAGGGGUUGAUCACGAGACUCAGGGGUCGAUUCCAGCUGAACCGAUGGUUCAAGAAGCUGAUUUUGGUUUCGAACCUGGUCCAAGGUUCACUCUCGACGAAUUCAAGAAAUACGCAGAUGAUUUCAUGGCUCAGUAUUUUAGGAAAAACGAGGAUAGCUCUGUACUUCAAGAUCGGUGGGAGCCCUCGAUAGAAAACAUAGAGGGUGAAUAUUGGCGUAUGGUUGAGAAACCCACCGAAGAAAUCGAGGUGCUGUAUGGUGCCGAUCUUGAAACGGGAACUUUUGGUAGCGGGUUUCCGAAUACGGCUUCUCAAGUUGCGGGUGCGGAUGAAAAGUAUGUUAGAUCCGGUUGGAACUUGAAUAACUUCCCCAAGCUUCUCGGGUCGGUGCUCGCUUAUGAAAGUAGUGAUAUAUCGGGUGUUUUGGUCCCGUGGUUGUAUAUCGGAAUGUGCUUUUCAUCGUUUUGUUGGCAUGUUGAAGACCAUCAUUUAUAUUCGGUGAAUUACAUGCAUUGGGGUGCUCCAAAGAUGUGGUACGGUGUACCGGGAAAAGAUGCCGUUAAAUUAGAGGCGGCUAUGAGAAAACAUUUGCCGGAUCUUUUUGCCGAGCAACCCGAUUUGCUUCAUAAGCUGGUGACACAACUUUCUCCAUCGAUACUAACAUCCGAAGGAGUUCCUAUUUAUCGAUGCAUCCAGAAUUCGGGAGAAUUUGUGUUGACGUUUCCCCGAUCAUAUCAUUCGGGGUUCAACUGUGGCUUCAAUUGUGCAGAGGCUGUGAAUGUGGCUCCGGUUGACUGGUUUCCUCAUGGGCAUAAUGCGAUCGAGCUAUACCGUGAGCAGGGCCGGAAGACGUCAAUUUCUCAUGAUAAACUGUUACUCGGGGCUGCGAGAGAAGCCGUGAAAGCUCAGUGGGAAAUCAAUUUACUACGAAAGAAUACGCCUGAUAAUUUAAGAUGGAAAGUUGUUUGCGGGAAGGAUGGGAUCCUAUCGAAAGCAUUUAAGGAACGGGUAGAGAUCGAGCGUGUAAGGCGAGAUUUUCUUUGCAAGACUUCUCGGGCGAUGAAGAUGGAAGCCACUUUCGAUGCUACUAACGAGAGAGAAUGCAGCGUAUGCUAUUUCGACCUGCAUCUCUCGGCUGCAGGUUGUCAACGAUGUUCACCCACCAAGUAUUCGUGCUUGAAUCACGUAAAGCAGUUUUGCUCGUGUCCAUUGAGCUCGAAGUUUUUUCUCUUCCGUUAUGAGUUGACUGAUUUAGCAAUUCUGGUCGAAGCUUUAGAAGGCAAACUAAGCGCAAUUUACAGAUGGGCAAAACUCGAUCUCGGACUCGCCUUAACUGACCACGUGUCCAAAGAUCGCUCACGAUCCUUAGAGUCGGCACCCAAAGAGCAAAACAGAAUCCAAGAUUUCUUGAACCCGGCUAACGUUUUGCGAAAAGACGAAACCUUGAAAUCCGGUUAUCGUUGCAAGAAGGAAUUUUCGGCAAACAAACGUUCAUGUGGCGGAAACGAUGACGUUAUAACCCUUAGCAAUGAUGAAGGCGAGGAUUCAUCCACAAAGGAUGUUUCUUGCAAGAUCGACGAACCUGUCGUGGCUGACGUCAAUAUCGCAUCAGGUUCUGUUUUUCCUGCUCUUGGGUCCCUCCAAAAAUCCGUUUCUUGCCAUCGAGUUCCAUUGGAACGUACGGAUGCUUCCGAGAUGUCUCGUGAUCACUCGAGCAUAAAAGAGACCGAUGGUUUAAAAGAUAAUGUAGAAAUUGCGUCUCCCGCCCGAAAUAAUCUCGAAAGAUGCCAUCGCCAUAAGGGUCCUCGUAUCGCUAAGGUCGUUCGAAGGUUAAAUUGCAAAGUUGAGCUUCUAGAAUUUGGAGUACCGCAAUCCGGAAAGUUAUGGUGCGAUAACCGUGCCAUUUACCCGAAAGGAUUCCGAAGUAGGGUCAAGUACACAAGCAUUUUCGAUCCCACAAAUACAUGCUACUACAUUUCGGAAAUCGUGGAUGCGGGAUCGGAUAGACCUUUAUUUAUGGUUUCCUCGGAGAAUUGUCCGAGUGAAGUAUUUAUUAACUUAUCAGCUGCGAAAUGCUGGGAAAUGGUGAGGGAGAGAAUAAACCUUGAGAUCUCGAACCGACGUAAGCUGGGAAGAUUAAAGCUUCCACCUUUGCAACCUCCGGGAAGUCUCGAUGGCAUGGAAAUGUUCGGUUUCUCCUCACCGUUCAUCUUGCAGGGCAUUCAAUCGUUAGAUAGGCACGGUGUGUGCAAGGAGUAUUGGAAAUCACGGCCAUUCCAUACUCAAUCUCGUGACAUGUGUCGGGAUUCGUCCAUAGAUACGCAAGAUCCGAACAAUCAAGAUGCCGGCCAAAACAGUUUGGCCAUAGGAGCCGAUACCAUCAUAUCUAGCAUGCUCAAGAAAGCAAAUUUAGAUGAACUAAACAUGUUAAUGAGCGUAUUGACGAAUAAUGAUUCAACGUGUUAUCAGAGCAGGGUAACGAGUGUUCUCAAAGAAGAGAUCGCAAGACGACGAAGUUGAUGUUAACGUUUUCGGAUUUUGUAAAUGUUUCGGUUUUGGUUAGGUUAGUGGUAGAGUUAGUAAAGCACCACAUAUUUUAGAUAAAUUAGUAGGAUACUCACG